CAAGAAUGGAUCAACAUUUUUGUCAGACCUGCUUGUAAAGGUGGAAGAGUGGAGCACAAAAAGAUUGAAAAAGCCUCUGCAAACUUGGAGACCAAAAGAAAAUAUUGUUGCUGGAGGAUCUCUCAAGAGCAUCGAUUCCAACGCCAUCCCAUUGCUUCCCUCUUCUCCUGCCACUCUAAUUUGUAGCUCCAUUCUCCUCCUCGCUGCGACACGCACUGAUUUCAACUAUUUCGCCGUCAGCUUCUCGCACGAGGCCUUCCAUUUCCUCCUCGACCACCGUAGAAGAGAGGAGCGCGAUGAAGAUACUGUGCGACGUGUGCUGCAAGGAGGAGGCCUCGGCCUUCUGCUGCGCCGACGAGACCGCCCUCUGCGAAGCCUGCGACCUGCGUGUGCACCCGGCGAACAAGCUGGCCGGUGAGCACCGCCGCCUCUCGCUCUCCGCCCCCUCCACCCAGUCCCACCCGGUCUGCGAUAUCUGCCAGGAGAAUCGAGGGUUCUUGUUCUGUCAAGAGGACCGGGCGAUUCUUUGCAGGGAUUGCGAUGUUUCUGUUCACAGCGCUAAUCAUCUCACCAUGAAGCACAACAGGUUCAUCCUCACCGGCGUCCGGCUCUCCGCCGCUCCCGUCUCCUCCUCUCCCUCCCCUGUUCCGGAGGCUACGGCGACUAAAGCUGCGACCAAAACCAUCAUGACCAUGAACAAUCAAACAACGGCAUUGGUUGCAGAUGUUUCCUCCCCCAUGACUUUCACCAGCAGCAGCACGACGACGGUCACCAGCAACAUCUCGGAGUACCUCAUCAAGAUGUGCCCGGGCUGGCGCGUCGACGACCUGCUGGUCGACGACGAAGGCGGACGAGCUGCUGCGAUUCGUAGAGACGGAUCUGGACAGCGGCCGCCCGGGAACAGUGUCGGAGAAGUAUCCUAUCUGGGCGCGCCACGCGCCGCAGUUCACUCCGCCGGGUUCCCCUCCCGGCGGCGCCGGCUACCGUGCAUCGAACGCUGGCAAGGAGGUGUCUCUUAUCUUAUCUCCCAUGAAGGGGUGUAAGCGGGGCGAGAGCUGUGGAGCGAAGACGCAUUCACGGUGCCGCAGGUUUCCCCUGCUUCGACUCUCAGCAAGAGGCCAAGGCACGCCCGUUGGUAUCACUAACUUGUUAGUUCUUCCUUUCGUUUCCUCUCUAUUUGAGAGCUCGCUCAAACUCUAUACUCUUCACAGACUUUGUCGCCUUUAAUAUUUGGAUUUAGGAUUCUUCGAUGAUUGAAUUG